AUGACAGCAGUUGCCGUUCAGCAUGGAGCUCCCCGCCAACAACACAAUCUACACCGAUCAAAUCCCACUCCAAAUUUAAAUUCACCUUCAGGUCAACAACCUCAACCUCAAGACCAUACAUUUGCCACUGUGCCGACCUCACAACAACUGCCACAUUCGAGUCCGGCAAUAAAUGGUAUGAAUGGCACGUUAGGAACCAUGAAUUCGAGGCAUACUGUUAGCAAUGAUCCAAUACAGCCUGUCAACGGCGUAGAAGCUGGAUCUGCAUAUGCGCCGGCGAACUUGGAUCGCAUCAAUGGUACAUCGCAGAAUGAAUCAAGCACACGGCCAACAACUUCGACUGGAGCUACUGCAGAAUCAUCACAAGACGAUUCGGAGCCAGAUAAAAUACGGCGCAGACCAGCUGCACUACUUCAAAGAUCCAAGAGUGAUUAUGGACCGAGAGGUGAAGAUGCAAAUGUAGAUAUGGAAGAAGAUAUACAAGAUUGGGGAGAAAGGCAUGGAUUUGGAACUAAUUAUGCGUCUGAAGAGUAUGUUUCGCAACUAGCAAAUAACUGGUAUAUGUACUUUACGGAUAAACGACACGAGACGACGGGCAACCCUAAAUCACUAGGAUACGAACUUCAGGAUUGGCGGAUGAAGGAUCGUCUAAAGACCGUAUCUGCCGCAUUAGCAAUAUGUCUAAACAUUGGAGUCGAGCCACCCGAUCAAUUGAAGACCACACCUGGUGCAAAGUUGGAGGCCUGGCAGGAUCCUUCACAUCCUCCUGUACAAAAGGCUCUGGAGACGAUUGGAAAAUCUUUACAAGCCCAGUACGAGACAUUGGCUAUUCGAACAAGAUAUAAGCAAUAUUUGGAUCCAUCCGUCGAAGAGACGAAGAAAUUCUGCAUAUCACUCCGUCGGAAUGCUAAAGAAGAACGAGUUCUCUUCCAUUACAAUGGUCAUGGCGUUCCAAAGCCUACUUCAUCUGGUGAAAUUUGGGUCUUUAACAAGAACUACACACAGUAUAUUCCGGUAUCAUUGUAUGAUCUACAAACAUGGCUACAAGCACCCACGUUCUUCGUUUGGGACUGUUCAGAUUCGGGCAACAUCUUGAAUAACUUUCAUCGCUUUGUUGACAAGCAUGAACAAGAAGAGCUUGAAAACUCGAAAAAGGACCCAAAUUAUGUAGUUACAAACUAUAAGCCUUACAUUCACCUGGCAGCAUGUGGAAUUAAGGAAAACUUACCCACAAAUCCUCUACUACCUGCUGAUGUCUUUACAGCAUGCCUGACUACCCCUAUUGAAAUGGCCUUGUGGUUUUUCGUUCUACAAAACCCUCUCCCAUCACAAGUUUCACCAGAGCGAGCCAAGAAGCUUCCUGGUAGACUGCAAGAAAGGCGCACUCCUCUGGGAGAGCUGAACUGGAUCUUUACAGCCAUUACGGAUACCAUAGCUUGGACCACCCUCCCUAGACCCUUGUUUAGGAAGUUCUUCAGACAAGAUUUGAUGGUGGCAGCUUUAUUCAGAAACUUUCUGUUAGCGCAGAGAAUCAUGUCAGCUUAUGGAUGCCACCCACAAUCAUACCCGCAGCUUCCAGACACCCAUCAACAUUCUCUUUGGGAAAGUUGGGAUUUGGCUGUGGAAAUGGCUUUGGCUCAAUUGCCGUCGUUGGAGAUGAAGGAGUCUGGACAACUUCCAGAUUAUGAAUUCCAGAACUCCAGUUUCUUCACGGAACAACUCACAGCAUUUGAGGUUUAUCUGACACAGGGUGCUGUAACUCACAAAGCUCCCGAUCAGCUUCCAGUUGUUCUUCAGGUUCUCCUCAGUCAGCAGCAUCGAGUACGAGCUUUGAUACUGUUAGGGAAGUUUCUUGAUAUGGGUCCUUGGGCCGUAAACCUUGCUCUGAGCAUAGGUAUCUUUCCAUACGUUUUAAAAUUGUUACAAUCAGCCGCGGCAGAAUUGAAGCCCGUGAUGGUGUUUAUCUGGACUCGUGUUCUGGCUGUUGAUCUCACAUGUCAGCAAGAUUUGUUGAAAGAUAGUGGUUACAACUACUUCUCAAGUAUAUUGAAACCCAAUGAAGGUCUUCCAGUAGUGGAUAGCCUUGAACACAAAGCUAUGUGUGCGUUCAUUCUAGCCAUGCUCUGCAAUGGAUACAAGCAAGGUCAAAAUGUCUGCAACCAAACAGAUAUCAUGACUUACUGUUUGACACACUUGCAGAAUGCAGACAACCCACUUUUACGACAAUGGGCGUGUCUAUGUAUCAGUCAGCUUUGGAAUGAUCUCCCUGAAGCGAAAUGGCGGGGUAUCAGGGAGAAUGCACCUGCAAAGUUAUCCGGUCUGGUUCGUGAUGUAUGCUGCGAAGUCAGAGCUGCCAUGUUAUACGCCAUGACAACUUUUCUGGGAAUCCCGGACUUGACAGAUGAGGUUGCUCGAAAUGAGGAGUCAAUAUCGUGGACCGUCAUAGAACUAGCAAAUGAUGGAAACGCCAUGGUCCGCAAAGAACUGCUGGUAUAUUUCUCUAAGUUUAUACAUCGAUAUGAGAGUAAGUUUUGGGUAGUGGCAUUCGAACAGCUACAGGAGGAACGGGAGUAUAGACAAUCUCCCCCUCUCGACGAUGGGAAUGACCACAAAAUGGGAUUGCACUAUGCUCGUAUGGAUAACAGAAAUAAGGAUGGUACCAUCAAAGCCACAGCUCAGGGCUUGUCUCACAACUCCAUCUUUGCUGUGGUUUGGAAACACGUUCUAAUAAUGGCAAUCGAUCCACAUCCGGAAGUUCAGCGUAAUGCAACCAUUAUUGUGGAUGCUCUCCAUGUAUCACUCCUUCGCUCACCAGUUGGGGCCGCAGCCCGUAAACUAUUUGAUGACAUAAAUCGAAUUUCAGCAAAGCCAAAGGCAUCGAAGUCGCAUACGUCGGAGACAAGACCCAGUACACCAACGCGACAAGAUACCUUGUCAAGCACACAGUCGAGCCAGCAGGGCUUACUCAAAAGAACAGCUAGUUACUUGUUUACCCUGCCUUUCGGUGGUUCUACUGGCGAAGUGACACCACCUGACUCAACCGGAAGAUCUGGUUUGAAGUCACCUGGCCUAAAUCGGAAUUCUUUGCCAGCGCGAUCACGUCUCCCGCCAGACUUUAAUUCCCCACCAGAGCAGAAUGAUAUCGCAUCGACCCCAGGCACAUAUCAUGCAGCAAAUGAGCCAACAUCAGGGGGAUUUCAACCUCGAAACCUGUCGGAACCAUGUACUAUACCAUUGGAGAGUACUUUCCUAGAAUGGUCAAUUGAAUAUUUCCGCGAACCCCAGAUGAAACCGAACGAAGCUGAGGAGCCCGGAAGUACUGACUAUAACGAACGACUUUGGAGACGAUCGAGGAACGAAGCAAUUCUUCGCGAUACUCAACCCCAGAAAGAAAUUGCCGGCAAUGGCAAAUGGACGCACGCUACUGGAUUUUUCAACAAUUCUAGUCAACCGACAAAAAUGACACUCCAUCAAUUUGAAGAUCAUCUCGCUGUGUCUGAUGAUCGCGACACGAUUUGUGUUUGGGAUUGGAAGAAGCAAGAUCGCCUUAGUAGAUUUUCAAAUGGUAAUCCAGAAGGUUCCAGGAUUAGUGAUCUCCAGUUUAUCAAUGAGGACGAUCAAGCCUUCUUGUUGACGGGGUCUUCAGAUGGUGUUAUUCGUAUUUAUAGGAAUUAUGACUCCGACAAAAAGAUUGAGGUUGCUUCAGCAUGGAGGGCUUUGACGCAUCUUGUCCCAAGUAACGUCAAUUCUGGUAUGGUAUUUGACUGGCAACAAGUUACUGGAAAACUCUUGGUAGCCGGUGAUGUAAAGGUGAUCAGAGUGUGGGCUGCGGCGCCAGAGCUUUGUGUCGUGGAUAUCAAUGCUCGGUCCGGUUCUUGUGUCACGUCUUUGACUUCUGAUCAAAUGACAGGUAAUGUUUUCGUGGCAGGUUUUGGUGAUGGAGCCAUACGAGUAUUUGACGCUAGAAACAAGCCACAAGAAGCUAUGGUUAAGAAAUGGAAAGAUGAAUCUGACAGGGUAUGGAUCAAGAGUGUGCAUAUGCAACGAGGUGGUCAAAGAGAGCUUCUCUCCGCCAGUCGCAAUGGUAAAGUUAAACUUUGGGACAUUCGAAUGGACAAACCAUUACGAGUUAUUCAGGCUACAAAGGAUACUCUACGUACUGCAAGCACUCAUGAACAUCUUCCAGUAUUUGCUGUUGGCACUGGAAAUCAUACAGUCAAGGUUUUCAAUUUCGAUGGCAGAGAACUCUCAAGAGUGGAGCCAUACUCGAGCUUCCUACAUCAAGCUCGUCAAUCACCCAUUUCAGCUACGGCUUUCCAUCCGCAUCGUAUGAUGUUAGCUUGUGCUGCGAGAGGCGAUAAUCAUAUAAAUCUGUUCUCAUGUGCGGAGCGAAAAGUGCCAUCAACGGAGUAUUGA